UUGAUAAUAACGUUUCACUUUCGAUUUGGUUUGUCAUGAUUUACGAAAAUUACAAACCAAACGCUACGGUUUUGUUAAACUGGACCGGACAAAUCGAUUCGAUUAUAAGAUUCCAUUGUUCGGCUUCAUCACUGAUAUUGGUGACAGGGAUUUUACUUAUGGAAAAUCCGAAUACUGUUGGAGAUGAUGCCGGCAGUGAUCGGCCGACGAUCAUGGUGACAAACGAUGAUGGAAUUGAUGCACCGGGUCUGCAGGCUCUAGUUCGUGUCCUCGUCUCCACCAAUCAAUACCGUGUGUUGGUCUGCGCCCCCGAUUCGGAAAAGUCAGCUGUCAGUCAUUCUAUUACUUGGCGUCAUCCUCUCUCCGCAAAACGAAUCGACAUUAACGGAGCCACAGCCUUUGCUGUUUCUGGAACUCCAGCUGACUGUACUUCAUUGGGAAUCUCAAAGGCACUAUUUUCUUCUGUACCUGAUCUGGUAUUAAGUGGCAUAAAUAUGGGCAGCAACUGUGGUUAUCACAUUGUCUACUCAGGGACAGUGGCAGGUGCUAGGGAGGCCUUUUUCAAUGGUUUACCAUCUGUUUCAAUAUCAUAUGAUUGGGUUGGGGGUACAAGCAGCAUCAAUGACUUCACACUUGCUGCUGAAGCUUGUUUACCUUUAAUAAGUUCAAUUCUUGUUGAAAUCAAGACUAAAACAUUUCCUCAAAAAUGUUUCUUGAAUGUAGAUUUGCCAACAAAUGUUCUCAAUCAUAAGGGUUAUAAGCUGACUAAGCAAGGAAAAAGUAUUGUUAAAAUGGGUUGGAAGCGAGUUUCUAGUGAUGCACAAGGUGCACAGAUGUUAUCAACAAUGACAAUGGAGUCAAAUUCAGUAGCAUCAAAUCCUGAUGCUAAUUCUGUUUCACAAGAACAGCUUUUAUUCAAGAGAGAGGUUUGUGAGUUUUUAUUCAUCCAGUUUUUUAAUGACUCAAAUUUUUUAAUGCUCUUUCAUACAUCCUUUCAGGUGAAGGGAGGCCAUGUGGAAGAGGGUGAAACCGAUUAUUGUUACCUUAAACAAGGAUAUAUAACUGUCACUCCCCUUGGGGCCUUGAGUCAUGCGGAUAUUGACUCGCAGACAUUUUUCAAAGAAUGGUUACCGAUAGUGGCCGACCGUACCUCUCCUUCAGCUUUGUGAUUACUUUAUGCAGACUGUCAGUAUCCUAAAUACAAUACAACCUGUUCUGUCAUGUCAUGUUAAGAAAAUCAAAGUUCUAUAUAUUGAAAAUUUAAAUUGUUCUAUCUUUA